AUGGCCCUCCACACUCUCUUCUUUGUCUCACUUCUCAUAUUCUCAUUAGCCGGGUCCAUUCUCGUAUUCACAUUAAUCGACUCGAGUCGUGGAGCUACCAAACUCUUUUCCGACCUCCAAAACUCCCUCGAGGUCACCGCGAAGCCCAUAAGAGAUGGCGUAGUUUUGGAACCUGGAAAAGAUAUGGUGAGAAUCACAUGGAAGCUAAAGUCAUCGGCCAAGGUCGAUGCCGAUGCUGCCUUCAAGACCGUCGAAGUCAAGCUUUGUUAUGCACCGAUCAGCCAAGAUGAUAGACCGUGGCGUAUGACUCACAACGAACUCUAUAAGGACAAAACCUGCCCAUACAAGAUUGUGUCCAAGCCGUAUGACAAGAUCCCUCAAUCACUCAACUGGACCCUCGAUCUUGAUAUCCCCACUGGAACCUACUUCGUACGUGCUUAUGCAAAGGAUGCAAAAGGCCACGAAGUUGCAUACGGACAGAGCACAGACGCGGAAAAGACGACCAAUCUCUUUAGCGUUGAGGCCAUUAGUGGUUGUCACUUGUUGCUCGACAUAGCAUCCAUGUUCUUCAGUGUCUUCUCCGUUGUUUCUCUGUUUGUCUUCUUUGUAAAGGCGAAGAAGAAUAGCCGAGUUAGAACACAGGAAGUGAGUUAA